GCGCUUGUCUAUUAGGGUUGCCCUAGUGCUACCACCAUGGGCAAACGAAAAAAGUCGUCGAGAAAGCCCGCCGCUGCAGCGGCGAGGAGAAAACAACCGCUUGACACCACCUUCACGUGUUUGUUCUGCCACCAUGAUAAUUCUGUGACUGUUAGAAUAGACCGCAAGGAGGGCAUAGCGCAGCUGGCAUGCAGGAUAUGCGAUCAGCGGUAUCAGAGCAAAGUCAACCAUUUGACGGAGCCCAUUGAUAUAUAUUCGGAGUGGAUAGAUGCUGCAGACGCCGCCCAGAAGGAGCAAGAGACGGCUCGGCGGACUGUUGCAUCUUCGAGUCGACGCGUGCCAGCUCCUCCGUCGAUCGGAAGCGACGACGAGUAAUGCUUUUGCAGCACAUAUGUACUGGCGUACGGGGCCAAGUUGCAUAUUUUCGUACCCUAAGUAUACAGCCCAUUUUGCAUAUCAAGUUGCAUGUAAUACUCUAGCGCUUAGCAUUGAGCCGUACAAUGUUAAUUUUGUAGCCC